UAUUCCUUAUAUUAUACUUGAAGAAACUGAAUAUAAACUAAGAGAUACUAUCAGUAUCAAAGAGAAGGAAAGAAUUGAAUUGAAACAAGAAAUAUCAAUGGCUCAAAUAACUGAGGUAGAAUCAUUGUCUGUUCAAAAUGAUACUGAAUCAAUUAAAGAAGUUGAGGAAGAGCCACUUUAUGAAGAGUUGACUGUAUUGAGGUCUCAGUUUAAUGAGAUACAAAAAGAAAACAAAAAAUUGUCAGACAAAUUAUCAAAAAUGAAGGUUGAAUAUUUGCGAUCACUUACUAGUAAUACUGAUUCAGCUGCUAACAAAUUGAGAAGAGGUCUGUUUUUUGAAAUUGAUGACUGCAAAUUUCAUCUUAAAGCAAUGACAAGACCAGACUAUCAACCAUUAGUAGAUAACAAAAGAAUAAUAGAGAAAUUACGAGAAAGAAUAACAUUAAUGAAUAUCGAACUAAUUACUGAAAGAGAACACAAUGAGAAGAUUAUAAAAGAUAUUAGAGAUCAUUUGAAAGAAAUUGAGGAGAGAAGACAGAGAAAAAAGAAACAAGAAACUGAAGAAGAUAUACUUGAACUCUCAUUAUAUUGUAAUCAUCCUGUUACUGGUGAAUUAAUGGAGUCAAAACUUAAAGUUCAUAAAGAUGAAUUACUACCCAGUGUACUGGAUAAAGCUUAUGAGUUAAUGGAAUUAGCCCCUCAUAUUCCUAUUGAGAGAUGUCGUUUAGUUAAAUAUGAUUAUUUGAAUAAAGUAAUGGAACAGUCCUUUGAUGAGUUUCAACAUCAAACUAUUGGACAGAUUGUAGGUAGGGCUGGAAAUUAUUGCUUAUUCUUAGAAACUUGUAAAGAAAAUGAAACCUUUAAGAAAUAUACUUAUCGAG